AUGAAAGUGCUCUGUGACAUGCACACCGAUGGUGGUGGAUGGAUUGUGAUUCAAAGACGUUGGGAUGGCUCUGUGGAUUUCUCCCGAAACUGGAGUGCAUACAAAACUGGAUUUGGUAGCCGUCAUGAAUUUUGGCUGGGGAAUGAGAAAAUUCACAAGCUGACAACACAUGGUAAAUGGGAGCUGCGUGUUGACCUUCAUGAUUUUGAUGAGGUAAAACGCUUUGCAAAAUAUUCCUCCUUCAAGAUUCUGGGAGAAUGUGAGAAGUUCAAGUUAUCGCUUGGCUCUUUUAGCGGAGGAACUGCAGGUGAUUCACUGAGUCAGCACCACAACAUGAAGUUCAGCACUUUUGAUGAGGACAACGAUGAGAGCUCCUCCACCCACUGUGCCCAUUUGUUCAAGGGAGGCUGGUGGUUUAAAUCUUGCCACUCUGCUUUCAUGAAUGGGAUGUACCUGAAGGGAGAAACAUAA